AUGACCCCUCCUCCAAGAAUUCAGCACCGAUCGGGGGAGGUUUGUCGGCUUCACAAAGCUUUGUAUGGGCUCAAGAAAGCCCCACGUGCUUGGUUUGAUAAAUUCUCCACAUUUAUUACCUCUAUUGGAUUUGUCCAGAGUAAUCACGAUUCUGAUCUGUUUGUUAGAUGCUUGAGUGCAGGACGGAUUCUUCUGUCCUUAUAUAUGGAUGACAUGAUUAUUACAUGUGAUGACCAUGGUGGUAUUGAGUCUUUGAAGCAUGAUCUAGCUCGUCGAUUUGCUAUGAAGGAUUUGGGCUUGCUGUGUUAUUUCUUGGGUAUUGAGGUCGCUCAGUCUAAGAAAGAGUACCUUCUUUCCCAGACUAAAUAUAUAUCUGACUUGUUUACACGGGCGGGACUUUCUGACAAUCGGACUAUUGAUACCCCUCUUGAAACCAAUGCACGAUACUCUCAUACUGAUGGUGUUCCUUUGUAUGAUCUGAAUCUUUAUCGCACUGUGGUGGGAAGUUUGGUUUAUCUCACAGUCACUCGUCCAGAUAUUGCUCAUGCUGUUCAUGUUGUCAGUCAGUUUGUUACUGCACCUACCUCUGUUCAUUGGGGAGUUGUUCUUCGUAUUCUGAGAUAUCUUCGUGGCACUCAGUUUCAGACUCUCUUGUUUCCCUCGACGUCUUCUCUUGAGUUACGUACCUAUAGUGAUGUUGAUUGGGAUGGUGAUCGUCAUGAUCGUAAGUCUACCACUGGAUUUUGUGUAUUUCUUGGAGAGUCUCUUAUUUCAUGGAAGAGCAAGAAACAAGAUGCUGUCUCUAGAUCUUCCACGAAGGCUGAAUAUCGUGCUAUGGCUGUAACUACAUGCGAGAUUAUCUGGUUACGGUGGCUGCUUGCGGAUAUGGGAGUUUACAUUUAUUCACCUACUCCCUUGCAUUGUGAUAAUAAAAGUGCGAUAUAA